AGAUCGGUGUGGGAAUGUGGAAUACGGAACUUGAUUUUCAGAUCGGCCAUAGUAGAAAAUGGCGAACACGAAGAAAUUUCUGUGAACGAAUGUGAUUGCAUAUAGUGCGCGUAUACUGUAUUUUAUUAUAGAAUUGAUAUAUUUUUAACGUUCAUAGUCGUAUUGAAAUGCCAAAAUGCAGAAUGUUUCGCAAGAAUCCUCUACAGAUAAUCCUAAAAUAGAUAAAGUGACUGUUCUCCACGAACUAGGGAACUCAUCGUCUACUCCCCAAUCGACGACAUCUAAUUCAAGUCCAGCUAAAUCAGAAACAGAAACGUAUUCUGAACAUCGCAGAUAUAUGUCAGAAACAUCUGAAAGUGAGGAAGAUAGUGUUUCAGAGGUGGAAUCAUUUAUGAUCGAUCAAGAGUUCGAGGACGAUCCCCAAGUAGAGGCGGCCAAAUUUCUUUUGAAUCCGGACGAAGAUCGAGCCGUCGAUCCGGAAACGCAAGCUAGAUUAGAACAACUGUUACAAGCGGCCGGUAUUGGUCAAUUGGCGGCGAAGGAUGGUAAACAUUUAGGGGAUCCGGAAGUACUUCGCCGGUUAACGUCGAGCGUAAGUUGCGCGUUAGACGAAGCCGCGGCGGCUUUAACGCGCAUGCGUUCGGAUAAUCCGCCGAAUAGAUCUGGUAACGGUACCGCGGCGUCUUUAACGUCUUCUUCCAAUAUAAAUAAUAGUCAGAACGGUCAGGUACAGCAACAACUGCAACAACAACCGGAAAAAACUUCGUUGGUGGAGGCUUGUACCGAUGGAGAUGUGCGAACCGUAAGGAAAUUGCUUACCGAAGGGAGAUCGGUGCACGAAACGUCGGAGGAAGGCGAAAGUUUGUUAUCGUUGGCGUGUAGUGCAGGAUAUUUUGAACUUGCGCAGGUACUUUUGGCGAUGCACGCCAACGUAGAAGACAGGGGCAUCAAAGGGGAAUGUACCCCUCUGAUGGAGGCGGCUUCCGCCGGUCACCUCGACAUAGUUAGACUGUUGGUGGCGCACGGUGCGGACGUCAACGCUCAAUCUACGUCGGGUAAUACUCCUUUGAUGUACGGUUGCGCGGGCGGUCACACCGAAGUGGUGAAAUUCCUAUUGGAAAACGGCGCCAACGUCGAAGAUCACAACGAAAACGGUCACACGCCUCUUAUGGAAGCCGCCAGCGCCGGUCACGUGGGUCUUGCGAAAAUAUUGUUGAGCCACGGCGCCGGCAUCAACACGCAUUCCAACGAAUUCAAAGAAUCCGCCCUUACGUUAGCUUGCUACAAGGGCCACCUGGACAUGGUGCGGUUCCUUUUGGAAGCCGGCGCCGAUCAGGAGCACAAGACCGACGAAAUGCAUACGGCUCUGAUGGAGGCGUCGAUGGACGGACAUGUCGAGGUGGCCAGGUUACUUUUGGAUUCGGGGGCGCAGGUCAACAUGCCUACGGAUAGUUUCGAAUCGCCUUUGACUCUAGCGGCUUGCGGUGGUCACGUGGAUCUGGCGAUGUUGUUGAUCGAAAGGGGGGCCAAUAUCGAGGAGGUUAACGACGAAGGGUAUACGCCGCUCAUGGAGGCCGCCAGAGAAGGGCACGAAGAAAUGGUACAUCUUUUGUUAGGGCAAGACAUUAAUUCAGGUGCGAACAUAAACGCUCAGACCGACGAGACACAAGAAACGGCGUUAACUUUAGCCUGUUGCGGUGGUUUUAUGGAAGUGGCGGAUAUUUUAUUGAAAGGUGGAGCAGAUAUCGAAUUAGGAGCGUCGACGCCGUUGAUGGAAGCGGCCCAAGAGGGUCAUUUGGAUCUAGUGCGAUUCCUUUUAGAGAACGGAGCCAACGUGCACGCCCAAACCCAAACCGGCGAUACAGCAUUGACGUACGCUUGCGAAAACGGACACACCGACGUCGCCGAUCUGUUAUUACAAUACGGAGCCGAUCUAGAACACGAAUCGGAAGGCGGCAGAACCCCUUUAAUGAAAGCCUGUCGCGCCGGGCACAUGUGUACCGUACAAUUCCUCAUAUCCAAAGGAGCCAACGUUAGACGACAAACGACUAAUAACGAUCACACUCCGCUUUCGUUGGCCUGCGCCGGCGGCCAUUUGCCCGUCGUCGAACUUUUGUUGAGCCACAACGCCGAUCCUAACCACAAAUUGAAAGACAAUUCCACUAUGUUGAUAGAAGCCGCUAAAGGGGGACACACCAACGUCGUACAAUUACUACUCGAUUACCCGCAUUCGAUGCAACCGAUGCUGCUCAAUCAAGGCUCCACGGCGGCUACUAAUCUCUCGAUGUUACCGGGACAAGUGGGCGGUAGUCGAGAUUCUCCUUUACCUCCCGGUACUUUACCGACGAAUCUACCGAAUCAACCGAUAAAUUUUUUCCAAUCGCCCACAGCCGUUUUACAAGAAGUACCCGAUGCCGUUCGUAUAGUUCAACAGGAAGACACCGUGAAUCCGCCGAUCGACGUCAACAAACAAGUUCAACCCAUCAGAAAUUCCGAUCAACCGAAAGUCACCGUUGGCAGAAAAAUUUUACCGAAAAGUCGAUCUUCCGGUACGGUUUUCGACGGUAAUCUCACGUCGGCGGAAGCGCAACAGGUACGGACGCAGCCCCUCGAAUUCGAAGACGAGGUGUUUAUGGCGAACGCGGCGGCGGUAGAUUUCUUAAAUAAGGACGAAACCAACAGUUCGCUCAUAGAUUUUAUCAAAAAUAGAAAGAAACAAUUUAACGGUAACAACGCGGAGGAGGGAUCCAGUCAGAAACAACAGAUCCUCGAGGAAUUACACCGAGUGGAAAGGGAUUUGCACGGCAAGACUCAGGUCCACAAUCACGUAUUCCAGUACGGUAUAUCUCAAGAACAAUGUCCUACAGCUACCAAUACUACACUGCCCCACAUGUUGAACAUCGACAUAGCCAUGCAACAACAGAAACAACAAGGUAUGUUAACUGGUACUCUAUUUCCGGGACAAAACCUUCAAGUACCCAACGCGUUUUACGGACAGACCGUCGCCGGUACUCAAUGCCUGCAAGCCGGCGUAGCCUCCAAACUUCAAACGGGUACCGAACAAUCAACGCCAGCGGCAGUUACCUUCGUUCAACAAAAUACUAAACAACCUAAUCCUCAAUCCUCGCAACAACCCCAACAACAACAACCCUAUUAUUUCGCGACGACGCCCGCUUCGGUUGCCGUCAGUUUAGCCACUGCCAGUGCCGCUGUAGUCAGCAACGGCACUAUUCAACCAGUCACUACCGUUUCGACAACCAAUCAGCAGACGGUAGCCGUUGCGUCGGCGCAGAUGAAAUAUCAGGGUGUUACGUCUCACGCCGAAGUUAGUCAGAAUACAGCUAUAAGCGAUCGACCGAAAGCCAAACCAGUCUCGAAGAAGGAAGGUAAGAAUCUGCGUAAACAACAGACCGCUUUACAACAGCAACAGCAGCAGAUUAUACAACAGCAACAACAACAAAUGCAAAAUUUUCAACCGAAUCUUUACGCUCAACAACCGACUCAGAUUUUCGGACAGUUACAACUGCAACCAUCGCAGCAGCAGCAGCAGCAACAACAACAACAACAACAGUUGCAAGUGCAGCAACAACAGUUCCAACAUCAAGAUUCUAAUAAGAACGUUCAACAACAGGAAAUUUUGAACGUUCAAGGUUUGGAUUUGGCGUCGAUUAGCGAAGACACUGUCAUAUUGAAAAAUGACAACCACGAAAAUUUUUUAACCGCUUCAAUUUUACAACAAUUUCAUAACAACUCGAUGCCGGCUAUUAGAGCGACUUUUGUCGGUUCGCCUCAAAAAACUCGACUCGAACUGUACGAUCAUACGGAGGACGGUAAUAAAGUUACCAAACUAGAACUAUCCGAUACGAAUCUUCCUACGGUCGAAGAAGUCGUCCAACAACUAGAAUCUUUUAAUACGACCGAAGUUAGCGAACAGAAUAUAUCGCAACAUAAUUUGCAGGUACAACCGUAUCCGAGCGCCCUUGACGAAUCUAUGAUAGCUUCGUUAGCCGCCCAACAAGAUUUACCGACUCAAACCGAUCUAUCCCGAGUGGAAUAUUUCGCCGUACCGACGAACGGGACUCAAGUGCCGGUACACGCCCUAUGUCCGUUCGAUCAACUGUACCAAGCCGGUUUUCAGGCGGGCUACAGUCUGAUGCAACAACAAUUGGCCUGUCCGAGCGAUUCGACCGUACCGACUUCGGUUGGUCCGGUAGCCGGUACUUCGACCCAACAAUACAUUUCACCUCAACAACAACAACAACAACCGGUUUGUACGAUCGCGGCCGCGGCAGUAGCCCAAACCCCCUGUACUCACGCCAAUGGAGGCGCCACUACCGUUUCGUUACAACACUGUCAGAUACCUUGCAGCCAACACCAACAGACCAAUCAAGUACAGGCCGCUACGCAAACGGCGCAAGCUGAUAACAAGAAAAUUAUCAAAACCGGCGGCGGGGAUAAUAUCAAAUUCAAAAAGGGCAGGGUGUUGCGGCAUCAGAAUCAAGUACAGAACACCGGAACUUUCCCUCCCAGUCAGAAUUAUCAAAUCGAUCAUAAUUCAGCUAUAACCCAAUACAGCACCAGUCAACAACAAAGUCCGAAUCCGGUGAUUCCCCCUUGCAUGGAUGUCGAUUCGGAAACGGAAAGUAACCACGAUACGGCUCUGACGUUAGCUUGUGCCGGCGGUCACGAAGAAUUGGUGGAGUUGUUGAUAAGUCGGGGGGCGGAUAUAGAACAUCGUGACAAAAAGGGUUUUACGCCACUGAUUUUGGCCGCUACGGCGGGUCACGAAAAAGUCGUUGAGAUAUUGUUGAAUCACAACGCGGACAUCGAGGCCCAAUCGGAAAGGACGAAAGAUACUCCGUUGAGUUUGGCAUGUUCGGGAGGUCGGUACGAAGUCGUCGAAUUGUUGUUGAACAGAAAUGCGAACAAGGAACAUAGGAACGUUUCCGAUUAUACACCGUUGAGUUUGGCCGCUUCUGGCGGUUACGUCAAUAUCAUCAAGUUGCUGUUAAGUCACGGCGCGGAAAUUAAUUCGCGCACAGGUUCGAAAUUGGGUAUUUCGCCGUUGAUGUUGGCUGCGAUGAACGGUCAUACGGCGGCGGUUAAACUUUUAUUAGAUAUGGGUAGCGAUAUCAAUGCUCAGAUUGAGACCAAUAGGAAUACAGCUUUGACUUUGGCGUGUUUUCAAGGGAGGCACGAGGUCGUUAGUUUGUUGCUAGAUAGAAAAGCGAACGUCGAACAUAGGGCAAAGACUGGUCUGACGCCGCUCAUGGAAGCGGCUAGCGGCGGUUACGUCGAAGUAGGAAGGGUGUUGGUGGAUAAAGGGGCGGACGUGAACGCCGCUCCGGUGCCGUCUUCGCGCGAUACCGCCCUCACCAUAGCCGCCGAUAAGGGCCAUCUGCGAUUCGUCGAAAUGCUCUUGGGCAAAUUGGCGCAAAUCGAAGUGAAAAAUAAAAAAGGCAACUCUCCGAUAUGGUUAGCGGCGAACGGCGGUCAUUUGGCCGUCGUCGAAAUGCUUUUUAGUAAAGGAGCCAACGUGGAUUCCCAGGAUAACAGAAAAGUUUCCUGCCUGAUGGCGGCGUUCCGUAAAGGUCACGUGAAAGUCGUCAAAUGGAUGGUGCAUCACGUAACGCAAUUUCCCAGUGAUCAAGAGAUGAUGCGAUACACGGCGACGUUGAACGAUAAAGAACUGAUGGAAAAAUGCCAGGAAUGCGUCAAGAUAAUAAGGGCCGCCAAAGAAACGCAAGCCGCCAAAGCCAACAAAAACGCUUCGAUUCUAUUGGAGGAAUUGGAAACGGAAAAAACGCGCGAGGAAUCCAAGCGAUUGGCGGCCGCCAGAAGACGGGAACGCAAAAAGAAGAAGAAAUUGGAAAAGAAAGAAGAGCGUCGAAAACUUUUGGAAGAAAAUAAGAAGAACGAGAAUUACGACGAAAAGACCGAUCGGAAGGACGACGAUAAAGUUGAAGAAGAAGAAAAUAACGUCGCCGACGCUAAUCCAGUUAAUCGAGAUACAAACGAUAAAGAAGAAGGCGAUAGCGGCAUAGAUGCCAACAGUCAAGGUAGUUGUUCGAGCGCCGAUCUAAAAUCGAAGGAUAAACGUAAAGAAAAAAAGAAGAAGAAGAAUAAUAUGAAGACUAAUGAUCGCUCCAAGGCGGGUUCAAGCAAAAGUACGGAAAAGAAAACUAACGACGUUUCGGAACACGAAACGCACGAUAAGAACGACAAAAGUCAAGACGGUAAGAACAAACAGAAUUCCAACUCUAGAAAAAUGACCGUUUACAAUCAAUUGAAAUCGCCGGCGGACAGAGACGAUUUCGAAGCGACAGGCAACGAAAUUUACGUUUCGACGAAAAAGACCAACAAAUACGAAGAACCGCCGCAAGGGGGCAACAAAAGUACCAGCCCCAAGCAGUCGAAUAAACGAGAAGAAGGUUGGAAGGAGGUGGUGAGGAAAUCUUCAGUUCAAACGUUGACGUCGUCCGAAUCCGGUGUCAAGAAGGUCUCCGUCCCCUUGAACGCCAUUUCUAGGGUGAUAGGUAGAGGCGGUAGCAACAUUAACGCGAUCCGAGGAGCUACCGGAGCUCAUAUAGAAGUGGAAAAACAGAGUAAAGGACAAGGGGAAAGGAUUAUUACAAUCAAGGGUUCUGCUGAUGCGACCAAACAGGCUCAUAAUUUGAUCGCUACACUUAUCAAAGAUCCCGACGUUGAUAUUUUAUCGAUGUUGCCUAAAACGAACAAGGUCGUUACGACUACCACUACGCUCUGGGAUAAAACGCAGAUAGGAACGAAGAAAAACGCCGGUAAGAUCGCGGUUGUAAGUUCAACGACUACUUCGGUCACGCAUCCAAAAGUAACCCAAAUCGUAGCCACUUCGACCAUUUCCGCCAGCAGAUUUUCAACUACCGCUACAACAAAACCUCGCAGCGCAAAUACCGCUACACCUUUACGACCGACUGCACCGAGAUUAGUCGCUCAAGCGGAAAAGAACGCCGCGGCAGCUGCGGCCGCCGCCGCGGCAGCUCAAGCCCAUAACCAAAGCACUCGAUCCACUAUAACACAUCCGACGUCUUCAACUAUAAGGCCGUUGACGUCGAAAGUGAUAGCGUCGUCGUCGGUAAAUCAAACUUUCGCCGCCAAAUUAACCGAAACGUCGUCGUCGAGUCUGUUGAUGAUAAAUACCAAUCACAGCUUAACGACGAGCAAAUCGCGAGUAUUGGGCGUACCGCAAUCGACGAUCGGUCCGGUUUCGCCCCAAUUACCGCCCUCCUCCAAUUCGGCGAAUACUCAAUCUUCGCCGAAUAGAAAUUCGAGACCGGCUCCGACGGCUUCGGCGCCUCCCAAUAUGCAACAUUUCCAAAGUCCCGGUAAAGUAGCUCCGAUAUUUUCCGCCGCCGCCGCUCACGCCAACAACAACUCUUUGAACAUGGAAACGAUCUCGGGCGGUAUGAGAAGCUCCACGCCGAACGGCGCGUUACAUUUAAACGCGUCCAUAUCUCAAGCGAUGAUCCAAGACGAAACACCAAAUUUACAACCGACGUCGGAAUAUUCACUAUUUUACGCGGGCGGCGAUCAUUGGAAUCGCAGAGAACAAGAAUCUCAGAAACCGAUUAAUUUCGCCGCCGUUACGGGCGGUUCCAAUGCCCAAUCGAACGCCCAACAAAAAUUCAUCGAUCAAGAACCGCCUCCUCAAGUGGAUGCUUCCAAAGCGCCGGGAUACAGGGGUGCGGCGGUAUGUUCGCCGGUUUCGUCGAAAACUAGCAGCAACAGCACAACUCCACCUAAUAUAUCGACUAAUAAUUAUAGUUAUCAAGAGCAAACCAAACCGCAAAAUCCGUUGCCGCCGAUAGGUAGCAACGUUGCGCAUAACAGACAACCGAAUGCUCAAACGAACGCCGAUAUUUUUGGAGAUUUUCUGAAACACGGCGGCGGCGGCGGCGGAUCGGGAGCCGGCAACAACAUUCCAAAUAUGUUAAAUUUAUCCAACGACGGUCAUUUGUUGCAAUCCACUUAUAAUCCGAUGCCGAAUAUGAAUUUUUCCCAACCUCAACAGCAACAGCAUCAACAACAGACCGCCAGCAUGUCACGCCUUAAUCCGAAAGCUCCCGAAUAUUCCAGCUACAACGUGCAACAACAAAACAAACAACAACAACAAUCACAGUCACCGCACAUUUAUAACGGUUACCAAAACAACAUAUAUAUGCAAAAACAACCGCAAUCGCAACAGCAACAACAGCAACAGCAGCAGCAGCAACAACAGCAACAAGCGGGAGUCGAUAAUUAUCAUCGAACCGCCGGCGCAGUUGGCGGUUUGAAUACGUCUCAGAAUCGCAGCAUGUGGAUGCCGAUGCAACCGCCGUUCGCGCACCAAUCGGAAUUGAUCAGCGGCCUAGCCGGUAUCACUCUGCAAAGUCUCGCCAAUAUGGCCGGAAACGAAGUACUAGAAAAUGGCGGCGAAUUGGGUAUGGUCAAUAAUUCGCCAAAUAUGUCGCCGAAUAUGCCUCCGGUGCCGCACGGUUAUCAUCCUGACAACUUAUACGGAAUGGAGGACAGGAAACCACCUCAACCGAUCGGUACGGGAAGAAAAGCCUUCGCCUCCCAAAUGGAAAAUUGGAGAUCGAACGAUAAAACCGAUAAAUGGGCGUUGGGAAAUAACGCGGAAUUUUCCUUGAGAAACCCGCAGAUGUAUCAAGAAGAUUUGGCGCCUAUUGAAUUUACGCGUUCGAUGCCGCCGUUAGAAGCCCCACACGGUUUCAUAAACGGUCCGCAGUAUUACAAUCAACCGCCGAUGAAUGUUGCAGCCGCCGCCGCCGCCGUCGCUAUGCGUCAGGAUUUCAUGCAGGACAUCUCGAAAUUGGACCUUUCCACUUGGGAUAACAACCCGAGACAAAUUCCCGAAUUGCAGGAUAAACAACACGGUUGGAACAAGUGGAACCAGUAACCUUACAAGAAACACACACAUUGAAACUAUAAGCGUAUUUUAAUUAAGUCUAAAAAACCGAAAUUUAGCUUUUCUCUCUUUCUCUCUAUGUAACUUUUUAUUUUCAAUACCGAGUUUUAUUGCAGUAGAUUCUAGAUCUAGUUUCCUUCAACUUUAUACAAACUUUAUUUUUUUUUUGUUGGUUAUGGUAUAAUCGGAUCGUAUUUUGACCCAAUAUACAGGUCGAAAUAUUUUAUCGAGACUUUAUAUUAUAAUAUACAUAUAUAUAUGAAAAAGCAGUUUUUGCGUAUGUCGGUGUAAAUAUUUAAACAAACAAAAAACAACAACAGAUCUUUCACUGGUAGAUGUUUUGCAUGAUGGUUUUUUGAAUGAUUCUUCUUCUUUUUUUUUUUCAAAUAACCGCUUAUAGUUUAAUUAUCGUUUUCUUUUCGAUUUUUGGAAAAUGAGACGACAUUACGUCGACUUGGAAAACAUAGACAUUAAUUUAAUGAAAAAAAUAUAAUAAAUAAUUAUGUAAACCGUAGUAGUUGCGCAAAUUAAUUAUAUAUAUAUAAAAAAAUUUUUUUUGAGGGAUCGGCGAUUAAGAGACGAGUAUAAACCUGUGACUGUUCUCUUAUCGAAUAUAUUUUUUUCCUACUUGUAUAAGUUUUUGCCGUCAUUAUAGAAAAAAAAAUGAGAAUUGUUGCGCGACAAACACUAAUUUGCGCGCGCCCCCCCGUAUCUUGCUGAUAAAUUGUAGGACUAUUAAUUAUACGGAUUAUUAUGUAAUAUUUGCUUGUACAUGAAGACUUAAAUAUAUCUUUAUGCACUGUA